AUGUGCAAAGAUGGUAAAUUGCGAACGAUGGGAAGUGGAGUAAAUGCGUGCAACAAGACGAAACAAGCAUACGAUAAAACAAGCAGUAAAGCCAUAUAUAUUUAUAAUGCUUCAAAAGGAGAAGAGAGACAAAGCAACUUCAGGGACAUUGUUUUGUGGGAACGUCAUUUUUAUGCUGCUGGUAGAUCUAAUGUGCAAUAUGCUGGAGAGAAAGAAUUUAACCAGCUAUUAACACAUUCAUCUAUCAUCACGAGUGUCACCUCGCCCACAAUUUCAGUCCCAAAAUAA